AUCAACAAAUAAACGUCAAACAAAAAAACCGACGAAAAUCAAAAUCCACUUUCUAUUUCUGUUUUAUUGUAGAAUUAAUUAAAGUCAUUACAAUAUAAUUAAGGUUACAAUUUAAAACAGUUUAGCCACGACGACUGUUUUACAACUUACCGGUCGUUUAUUAUAAAUAGUAACCAAAUAAAAGAGAUUUUAAUCUUUGAUGGACUAUGAACUGUUAAUUACAACAUGAACUUGUAUUUUUUGUUACACGUAUGUUAUUAACGGUACCGAAAUUUCAUACACUGACUGUUAAAAGAGAUAGAUAUAACAAGUUAUUUUAGUAUAUUUUAAACUGGAAUUGUGCAAUAUAUAUCGAAAAUGUCUCUUUCUAAACCCGUCCUAAAUGUUUUAAGUUUUUAUUUUGGUCAAUUAUUUGAGCACCCUUUAAGAACUAAGGCUAUUACAUGUUGUGCCAUUGCUACAGCAGGAAACUAUGCCUCUCAAAGGUUGAGUGGUGAAAAAGUACUUAACACUCAUAGUCUCUUAGCUUACAGUUUAUAUGGAUUGGUUUUUGGUGGCACGAUUCCCCACUAUUUCUACAAUUUCUUGGAAGGAAUAGUUUCAGAAGAGGCGUCCUUUGCUGUUGUUAAAAAACUUUUUAUCGAAAGACUGAUCUACUCCCCUCUUUAUCAAGCAUUCACUUUAUAUAUACUAGCAAGAUUAGAAGGAAAAGACCAUAAAACGGCUGUUAAACAAUUACAGGACUUGUACUGGUUGGUGCUGAGUAGUAGCUGGAAGUAUUUGACAGUUAUUCACUUAAUUAAUUUAAGUGUUGUUCCUCCAGUGAUGCGAGUAUUUAUAACCAACUUAAUGGGAUUCUUUUGGACAAUAUAUUUGGCAAAUAAAAGAAGGCAACAACAAGCCAAAUCCAAGGCAAAAAAGUAAACUAAUAUUAAGUGAUUAUUGGGCAGGGAGUUUUUUUUAUUAUAAUGGUAUUUUUAGUGAUUUUUAUGUAUUCAUAAGCUGUGGAAGUCUAGUUGUAAGUUUGUUGUAUUAUUAAAAUAUAUAUUACUACUUAAUUUU